AUGUCGACAAACGAAACCUCUGAUGACCUAGAAACAAUUCUACGGCAAUUAGCCAACGAAGUAAUAGAAAACCCUACACAAUUGACAUUAGAAUUAGGUGACCAACUCGACUUUUCACCCUCACAAUUAUCGAAUACUCCUUUAGUAUUUUCAGAAGAAUCACCAAUAAUAAUUAAUAAAUCACAAGAAGAAAAAGAACGAAAAAUAAAAGAAAUUAAUAAAAUAUUAAGAAAUACAAAGAAACAAAAUAUAAAAAGAAAUAAAAAAGAAAAAUCUGACACAUGGAACAGAUAUGCACGAACACAACAAAACGACGGACAAAAACUAUGCUGUUUAGCAUUAAAACCCAUAUUUAGAACUAAAUUAAUGCGACUCCGAAUAGCAGAAUGGUUAAGUGAUAUAUUCUCAACAAAUCCCGAAUUCCUUCUUGAAGUAUCUAGAGGAACAUUCUUAAAACUAGGACGUUUGAACCACGAAGAACUACAGCAAUUAGCAGAAAAA